UACUCAUUCACUCUCAGUGCGUGUGCGUCUGCUCGGGACAAAACCGCACGCAGCUGCUUUCAUUACCAGAGCUGGAGCCUCCGCGAGCAGAAAAGGGAGCUCGCGCCACUUGCUGCAGGGAUAUCACCUCAGAUGGACUUGAUAUAAGACAAGAAUACACAUUUUCGAUCUGAUAAUGAACACGUAGGUGGUAGUUACAAGUGCCGUUUUGUGGAGAAAAAACUUAGCCUUACAGCCAGCGGUGUUUUAAUGUGUUUCAUGUGUUUGCGCUCAACAGUGAGGUAGACCUUAAUCGAGCACAUUUUUACAGGAGUAUUGGCGUGAGAUUUAUCCGGUGGAUGCAGCUGUCGGGGUGGGUGUCUGAGCCCUGCAGGAGCAGCCUGUCAUACUCAUAGGGCAGCAUGGUUUCUCUGGUGCUUCACAAGUGGAUGAGGAAUAUUUCUCCGGAGAUGCUUCUGUUGGUGCCUAUUUUGUGGUUUUUACCUCUGACUGGAGCGGCUCCUUCUCUGACUAACGAGCAGCUGGACACCGGGGUGGACUGGCUGAGUAAGUUUGGCUACCUCCCGCCCCCUGACCCAGUGACCGGUCAGCUUCAGACCAAGGAGGCCCUAACCAAUGCCAUCAAAGCCAUGCAGAAGUACGGAGGGCUGAAGGAGACCGGAGUCUUAGACCAAGCCACGAUGGGCCUAAUGACAACACCCAGAUGUUCCCUGCCAGAUGUUUCUGACACCGAGUUGACAGUGGGCCGCAGGAAACGAAGCCUGGCAACUCAGAAAAAAUGGGAUAAGAGGCAUCUAUCCUGGAGGUAG